AUAAAAUGAACAACUAAUAUUCUUGCCCCCUUUAUAACGGUAUUUUAUCUUCAUGGUUGGUUGAAAAUAUACCAUCUUCAACCUAGCCUGUAUGCAGCAUGUGCAUUAUUUUCACUAGCUGAUUCGGGAUGUUUUAUUCAAACCGCUGUUAGUAUGGCAGUUCGCCACACUAAUAUUACUCAAUGAUUAAUCUAUGCAUAGUUUCUAUAUGUUUGCAUAGUGGCCGAUGUGAAGUCAUUUUCCCCUCCGUCGUAACUCCGAAAGUAAAGUGCUGAAGGUUGUAAAACUUGUUGAAGUAAACGUGAAGUGUUCACUAUUGCGUAAUAAACUCAGGAAGCAAUGUAAUGAUUUGCCCGCAUUGAGCUAUUUAGCCUACAGUCGUUUGUUUAGUGUUAAGUCAUGCAAGUGUCAGAACGAGGAACAACCAUGGAGCAACUGAAUGAAAUGCAGCUGAAGACUGUUGAGACCCAACUGAAAGAGCUAUUUCCUCAGUCGCAGCAGGUGGGUAUUAAGGUUUAUGGUUACAUUUUCCAGAUGAACAGAGUUAUGGCUGACCCGAUUCAGGUUUUUGUGGACCGCUGGCCAGAAUUCAAUGUCAUUCUCUGCAAACCACCAUAUGAGAAGGAGGGGGACCUAUUUAAAGACACAUGUGUUUUUACUAAAGACGAAGCUUCUUUUAGGAAUAUCCUUGGAGAGAACAACAUAAUUGACUGGACAAAGUUCCUCUGUUUAGGCACCAGUCUUUGCUAUGAGGAGAUGGUGAUGGCGGUGGCUUCUGAGAGAAAGGUGCCCGUGAAUAAAGUGUCUGUGUGUCACAUGAUGAUGCUCCAGGAUCCAUCCCGCCUUCCACCUGUAGAAAGUGCAAUUGAAUCAAUGAUAUCCUCACUGGACGAAUCCCAUACUGAUCUAGUCAACAAAACCUGGAAGUUCGGGAACACGGAGAACAGUUUCCAGAUGAUCCGGAACAUGAUCCGGCACUACCCGUCUUGCUGUGUGCUGGAUGCAGAGAGCCAGCAGCCCAUAGCCUGGGUUCUGAUCUAUCCCUCCUGUGCCAUGGGUAUGUUGUACACCCUGCAGGAGCACAGAGUACAGGGCCUGGCCAAAGCCCUGGUCAGCAGCAUGUCCAGGAGACUCUAUUCUCAGGGCUUCCCAGUGUACUGCUUCGUUGAGGAGGAGAAUAUACUGUCCUACAACCUCUACACCAACCUGGGCUUUACUGAGGACCCUCAAUACAGGGCUGCAUGGUUUGACUUUAACAGUUUGUGAUUAAGGUCGUGCAUAGAGAUCAAUGUUGACAUUGAAAGCUAUGCUAUUAUCUCCAAAAAAAGAAGACAGUGUGUGAAGAGAUCAUAUCAUUGCAGGAUGGACUUUGAGCAAACAUUACUUUGAACAGUUAUUAAAUGUAUCUUAUCUAUGCACACGAUUCAAAUACCUUUUAGACUGGCAACGAUUCCAUUAUUUUACAUUAAGCGACAAUCUUAUCCAGAGUGCUUACAUUUUUUUAUAUUUCCUUACUGGUCCCCUGUGGGAGUCAAACCCACAACUCUGUCGUUGGAAGCGCCAUGCUCUACCAACUGAGCCACACUGCACCCAUGAUGUUUGUUUCUCCAGGCUUAUUUUCAGUGUGGUGUAAUUAGAAUGCUGCAUCGUAAAAUAUGCUAAUUGUAUUUUGAGCAAAAACACUUUAUCCAUGUUGUUUAGAUUUCUGAUACAAAAUGUUAAUUUGAACACUUGUUGCAGGAAUUAAAUUCCUCUGUUUUAAUACCCAAUUAAAAUCAAACACUCUGUCAAUUCAUAAGAAUUUGUAUGACCCUUAUUUGUAUAAAAUGGACAGAGCCCAGUCUUAAAGUCAACCAGCAGAGUUUAUUCACGAGAGUACUCCCCAUUACACAUUUUAACACAGGGUAUAAACUGAAAAUGACGUCAUUAGUUUUAGUACCAGCCCGUGUCAUCUCCUCGCUCUAGUACAAUGGCUGUAUGGUUCUCACAUGUCUCUCUCUAUUAAGAUAAUAUAUGACCGAGCCAAGGUCAGCUUGUAGCCAGUCUGGCUAUAAGUUCAUUCAUUUCUACCAUGGUACAGACA